AUUUCCACCACAGAACACAAAUAAUAAAAUUUCCACCUUGAUAUUUUCAGUUUUCACUUUUUACAAUUUUAUAUCAAACUUAUUGCUUAAAUGUCAUAUGCCCUCAAUCAGAAAGUUUUCACACCAGUUCCUCCUGAUAAGGGAAGUUUUCCGCUGGAUCAUGAAGGAGUUUGUAAGAAAUCAAUGAUUCAGUAUAUGAGAUGUCUACGGGAAAAUGGAAACGAUAAUAGUUUUUGUAGAGAAAGCGCCAAAGAAUAUUUGGAUUGUCGAAUGCGUAAUGAUUUGAUGGCAAAAGAAGACUGGUCCAAAUUAGGUUUUCAAGAUUCGACGCAUAAGGACAAUUAAUAAUUAAUUAUCAUGGUUAAUGUAUUAUUAGGUUGUACCGGCAGUGUUGCUACAAUAAAAUUGCCUUUAUUAUUACAAGGAAUACUAGACCAAAACGAGACGGAAGUGAAGGUUAAUGUGGUUCUAACUAGAAGAGGCGAACAUUUUAUUAAUUCUCUUCCCUUUUCCUCUGAAAACGUCAAAGUAUUUACAGACGAAGAUGAAUGG